UCUCCGAUUCUGCACCGGUGACGCCGAGUUUCGGUCUGUUGUGUUCAAAAUUUUUAAAUUAUCUCCACAAAUCUUAUAUAUUUAUAGUAACCCAACUGUGAUUUGCAAGGAAUAAAAAUUCUUUUUAUAAGCUUGAAAAAAUUCUAAAUAAAUAAGUGAUAUCUUAGCAUAGAAGCACGUGUCAAAGUUUCAUAACCUAUGGGUCCGGCGAAAACUGGACUUUAAUUUCAAGCCGAAUAUCAAUUUGUAUAUUAUCACUCUGAAAAAGGAAGUUUCUGUGAAGAACGUCAAUUUUAGAGAUAAUGAGAGACUUAUGUCUUUCGGCUCGACUUGCGAUGCAAGAUCAGAACUCUGAUGCCCCAGAAGUAGUUAGAAUCCAAAAAGUUCGUCGAAGGUUGUUUUCUGAUGGAGAAAAGCCUGGAAACAGUGACAAUGGACUCAAUAUUGCAAUCGAAGAACACAAAAAAGAUUUAGAAAAGGCAAAAGAAAGGUGGAAUUUUGAUUUCGUUGAAGAAAAACCACUUCCGGGCCGAUAUGAAUGGGAAAAGUACGACAAAGAGAAAAUUGAAGUAGCGGAAGAGAAAACUAAAGCAGAAUGUGCGAAGGAGGAACCCAAGGCCGAAAAAUCAGAAGAUUAGUAAUAUUUUUCAACUUUUUUCAAUUUUAGUUACCACUUUUUAUACUACUAAUUUUAAUUUAUAACUUAACCCUUUCGAGGACAAAAAAUACGAUUAAGAGUGAGCCAAAGAUUUGUAAUGCAAUUUUUUGCAAAUUGUGCAAUUGCACCGGAAGGAAUGAGUAGAGUGAGUACUAAGUAUUGAAAUUAAAAAAGUAUUUGUACUUGCCGCAAAGAACUAAGGCUAAAAUUUUGUACAAAUUAUGUAAAAAGCAAAAGAAACAAGGUUUCGUUUCUAGUCACAACAGAUAUUUUUAUCAUGACUGAUAAGUUUUAGUAACAAAUUGGUUUUAAAAUCAUAAGUACUUUUCGUGAUAUUAUUAGAUAUUAUUUCGGAUAUUAUUGUAAUCGGUAUUUGAUUUUUUUUUAUAGAGUGCAAUAUAUGUGUAAAAUAACACAUAAUUUAUGUAUUUAUUUUAUCGAUGGAUGUGGAGAGGAUCU